AUGGCUUUCACCGAACAGAUUAUCUUUGUGAGCCUAUUCUUGGCAACUAUCGGCGGAGGUAAAGCUAACGUAUCCGCACCUUCUCCUGCUGCCAUUGCGUGCUGUAUGAGAUCGCCACAAACACCGAUAAGCCCAUGUUAUGUCACCACUACUGCGGCCCCGUUAACUUGCCCAUUUAUGACAACAACAACUUUGAGUCCACCAACAAUGACUGCAACUACCAGUACUACUACUACCGAGCAACCGACAACAAGUAGGAUAACACAAAUGCCGUAUUUCACAAGCAUAAGCCCAAGGCAACCAGACGCCAUCGCAUCAUCAGCAACAUCAACUACAGAAACACCAUCGACAGCGGCGGUGCCGCUAAGACCAAACUUUGUUGUCGCACCAAAUUAUCCUAACCAUAUGCCAGUAAUCACACCACCAAUGAAUUCGAGUUCGUCUGUAGUACCUCCAUAUCCUAUGUUACGUGAUCCUCAGCAGUUCGUACCUGUUAUGAUGAACCCGAGUACGGGUCAGGCGUAUUACGUUGUAGCCAACCCUAACAAAAAUGGAAAUUCGUAUUCACAAAUCCUAAAUGUUUACACUCAAGACAGAAACACGGGAGGCUAUAAUUGGAUGCCUGUUGCAAUGUUACCACAAUUGAACAAUAAUUCAACCAUUGUAAAACCAUCUAGUGACAAUAACUAA